GCCACCGCUGUUAUGUCUCAGCUGCUGUCACAGAGGCUGGCCGCUUCAGGCGCCCCGGCCCGGCCCGGCACAGUGCUGGGCGCCAUGGAGAUGGGGCGCCGCAUGGACCCCGCGGCCAGCGCCGAGUCCAUGCGCGUCUUCUUGGAGCGCGGCUACACCGAGGUGGACACAGCCUUCAUUUACGCGGACGGCCAGUCGGAGAGCAUCCUGGGAGGCCUGGAACUCGGGUUAGGCCACAGCGGCUGCAGAGUGAAAAUUGCCACCAAGGCUAAUCCUUUGAAUGGUAACUCCCUGAAGCCUGACAGUCUCCGCUUCCAGCUGGAGACGUCGCUGCAGCGACUGCAGUGUCCGAAGGUGGACCUCUUCUACCUGCACUUGCCCGACCACAGCACCCCCAUAGAGGAGACACUGCGGACCUGCCACCAGCUGCACCAGGAGGGCAAGUUUGUGGAACUUGGUCUCUCCAACUAUGCUUCCUGGGAGGUGGCUGAGAUCUGGACCCUCUGCAAGACACACGGCUGGAUCCUGCCAACAGUGUACCAGGGUUUGUACAACGCCACCACUCGGCAAGUGGAAACGGAACUCUUCCCCUGCCUCAGGCACUAUGGAUUGAGGUUCUAUGCCUUCAACCCUUUGGCUGGGGGAAUGCUGACUGGCAAGUACAAAUAUGAGGACAAGGAUGGCAAACUCCCUGUGGGCCGCUUCUAUGGGAUUAACUGGUCUGACCUCUACAUGAGUCGCUACUGGAAGAAGGAUCACUUCAAAGGCAUUGCCCUGGUGGAGAAGGCCCUGCAGGCUUCUUAUGGACCCAGCGCUCCCAGCAUGACCUCAGCUGCCUUGCGGUGGAUGUAUCACCACUCCAAGCUCCAGGGUGCUCACGGGGAUGCGGUCAUCCUGGGCAUGUCCACCCUGGAGCAGCUGGAGCAGAAUUUGGCUGCAGUGGAAGAAGGGCCCCUGGAGCCUGCUGUCGUGGACGCCUUUGAUCAGGCCUGGCACCUGGUUGCCCAUGGAUGUCCCAACUAUUUUCGCUAG